ACUGCGCUUAUCUCCAUGUCGACAAAUACGGUAGACUCCACAGCCAAGCAGGAUGGCAAGUCUCCAUCGGAUCAUCCCCUCCCCAAAGAAGACAAUGAGGACUUGCCAUAUACCCAUUUUUCGGCCAGGCAACGAGCCUUUAUCGUCUUCAUUGCCGCCUCAACAGCACUCGUCAGCCCACUCUCAUCGAACAUGUACUAUCCCAGCAUCCAGGAAGUGCGUGACGAUCUUCAUACAACACUAUCGGGUGUUACAUGGUCAAUCACGUCUUUUGCUAUCUGCAUGGCAAUCGCGCCUUUAUUUUGGAGCAACUUGGCGGAUCAGAUCGGGCGCAAGCCUGUCUACGCAACAUCGAUGCUCAUAUAUACCGCAGGCAGUAUCGGGUGCGCUCUGUCCAAGUCCUUGACUGGGAUGAUCAUCUCGCGCGUCAUCCAAGCGGCUGGCUCAUCAGCCGUGCAGGGAUCGGGUGCCGGAACAAUCUCCGAUAUCUACCCACGCGAACAGCGCGGCACUGCUCUCGGCAUAUACUACCUGGGGCCGCUGGUAGGACCAUGCAUUGGCCCACUGAUUGGCGGAUACAUCGGCCAGGACAUCGGCUGGCGCUGGGUGUUUUGGAUCCUGGCAAUUUGGGGCGGCGUGAUGUGCCUUUUGGCAAUUUUCGUCCAGCCCGAGACCCACCGCCGUAUUGUUCUGAAGAAACACAGGAUUCAGCCGACCAACAUCCCACCACCACUCAACCUCAAAAACAACAACCCGCUGAUCGACUUGGCACUGAUUCGGUACCCGUCUGUCGCCAUCACCAUGUAUUUCUUCGCAAUGGUUUUCGGCGCAUAUAUGGUAAACUCGACGGGCUUGACCUUGGCACUCCAGAACAUCUACAACCUGUCACAAGGCAGUUCUGGCGUAUGCUAUUUGCCCGUCGGUGCAGGAAACAUCAUCGGCUCAACUACUGGUGGGCGCACUACGGAUCUUUUGCUGCGUCGAUACAGAAAGAAACACGACAUUGAGGCAGCCCAGGGAAGCAAGGUACCGCCAGAGGCACGGAUUCAGUUAGUCUGGCUCGGUGGUAUCAUAUGCUUGGUUGGCAUGGUAAUGUCUGGCUGGAUCAUUGACAGAAGCUGGCCGUUAGCUGCGCUGCUUGUUAUGCAGUUUUUCAUUGGUAUUGGCCUGGCAUUCGCAUUCCAGUCAAUUGCUGGUUACCUUAUCGACCUCUUCCCGCUAAAGUCUGCCAGGAUUACAGGCGUGCAAAACUUUUACCGUGGAAUCUGGGGCGCCAUCAUUGUACAGCUGUUUCCAACCAUGAUCGAAAGUAUUGGCUGGGGCUGGUCGUACACCACCAUGGUGCUAAUCUCGGUU